GAGUCUGUCACACACUAUAUAAACUGGGCUCCAAAAGGAAGUUCUUUGGGAACCAGCUCCAGGACACAGCUCCACGAACAGAGCUGCCAGACCUCAACACUCUGCCAAUGCCACCGUGCAGAAGCUGGAGUCCCCCAGAUGGCCUGAUCCUGACUGGCCUCUGCCUUAUUGGGAGUGCUUCUCCUCUGGCCCCACAGGGGCAGACCCAUGGGCACCCCAGCCUCUGUGGCAUGCGACCCCCUGCAGUGCCAGGUUCCUGAGGCCCGUGCCCGGAAAAGAGCUUCUGCCAACAUCUUCCAGGACGUGGAGCUGCUGCAGCUGCGGAGCCUGUUCAGGAGAAGCGGGGAUGAGCGGGCAGAGGAGCGUGCCCAGCUGGUCUGGGAGUACGCAGGCAACCGGCGCACGGCCCAAGCACUGCGCCAGCUCAGGAGCAGGCAGAGGAGGUGGCGGCAGCAGCCACCCCAGCUGAGCCCAGCAGUUCAGGACAGCAGUGACCCAAGGCUAGAGGACUGCACCUCCCCCAGCGCAGACCCCGGCAGCAGCACGAGGCUGGAGGGGCCCAGCAGGGACAGGCAGCACCCUGCCCCCAGGAGGAAAAGUCCAAGGACCAGGCGGAGGAAGAGGGGGCCUGGGCCCACAGGGUACCUGCACCAGCUCCAGCAGUGAGCAGGGCAGCUGGCGCUGGGAGCUCCCAGCUGCCUGGCCAGGCUCAGUCCCACAAACUGGCAGAGACUCCGGGGGGGGGGGGGGGGGUUGAAUUGUUGCCCCCUUGGCUAGAGCUGGGCCAAGCAGCUGCAGAUUCCCCCCACCCCAUCCCCCAACUGGUGAAGGGAGAGGGGAUCGGAGGGAGGGAGCUGCACGUCACUGGGGGGACCAGCCAGCAGAGGACAGCUGCAGCCCCCCCACCCCCCCAAUCCAACACUAACCACCCAGAAGGCCCUUUGCUCAGGGGCCAGGGCCUCUGGGACCUGAGUGGUGCUGAGCCUUGGCUGGCAGCUGGACUGGAACCCAAAUGGGGAGGGGAGUGACCCCAAGCAGGCAGCCCAUGUGUGGGGCAUGUGCAUCACUCAGCCCCAGAGCUGGCUUUCUAAGGUGCCAAGUCCUAUAGGGGAGCCCCGCGUCUCAGCCCAAGGAAAACACUUGAUGCUUGUCGCAUACAGCCGGACAGAGCGUGUAAUAAAAGCCUGCGCAGCGA